UCUCGACAGGUUUCAUUUCUUGAGCCGCUAAUACUGCAGCAACCCUUGUCAGCGGUUCCGACCAUCAGUAACAGUAAUGUGCCCGGAAGCGGAACGACCACCGCCGGCAACCCUGGACUGCAUCCGCCGACCGGUACCCUCGGUCAUCCUUUGCCGCUGCCGCUUCCGCCACUAGGCCCACCAGCAUCAACGUCGGGCCCGUCAAUUUGUGGCCUGCCGCCGCCUCCUCUGCCGCUGCCCCUACCUGUGGCCGUAGAUUGUGCGGCUGCGACGGCCGCUGCCAAUGCAGUCGCCAUCAAGACGGUGGAAGAGAUCUUUGACACACACCGCAGCCGCAACCAGCGGAAGAACGUCGGACGGCAUCACCGGGCAAGGAGCCGGUCCCGUCGGCCCGAAAGCCGCUCGGAGGUGAAGUAUAUUAAUCAAAAUUUUAGCUCAGGAUCAUCGGCGCCCAUCACUUCGGAGGAAGAGGACAACGACGACGACGACGACGAGGAGGAGGACGAGCUGAGCAAAAUACCGGAGCUCAACUCACCCGACAGCAUCUCGGACGACCUGGUCCAGCCGCUCCGUCAGAGUCCACUCAAGGCGACCGGUCCGGACGGUGGACUUGGGAAACGCAACCCAUCCCCGUACUACUACUCGGAUCUGCUGAAGAACCGGGCGGCACGCGAGAAGGAAGUGGUCACCUGUGAACCACCGGAAGUUGCGGGUCCCGAGGAGCCCAAGAGCCACCGCAGUCAGGCCGCGGGACGCUACAAGAAAAGCAGCAGCCUUGACACACCGGGCGCCGAGAAGGAGGUGUGCCCGGCGAAGCGAUACUCGAUCACCGAGGAGGGCGUACGGAUCAUCCGGUGCGAUUCGCCGUCCACCACCACCUCGGACGACUCGGACUGCUCCGAAUGCCGGAAGCGGCGCGUGUGGCACGCCCAAGCCCUGGCCAUCGCCCGGGCCAACUGUAACGCGCUCCUGGGCCUCGAUGUCGGUUCGAUGCCACCGCACCGGCGGCUACUAGGACCGGCCGCUAUCUGUGCCUGUGCGACGCCCUCGGCCUUCGGCGAGGACAACGAUGAGCUGUUCCGGCCGCGGAGCGUCUUCUACGUGCACCACCACCACCCGGGCGCGGGCCCCACAGAUUGCGCUGACUGUUCACUGAGCGAUCCGCCGGCGAGACCGGAAGACGCCAGCGACGCGGCCGCCGCCACCGGCGACAUGGCCAACGUGCGGACGCGCCAGAUCUACGAGACGGCGUUCGACUCGAAGGUCGCCCGCUCGGACGACGAUCUGGACGAGGUCGACCGGAUCACCAACCAGGGUGUGCUGCUCCAGGGUGUGCUGACCAAGAGCACCAGCAGCAGCGCCAGCAACAUGCCCGCCCUGACCCGCACCG